GCGCGUAAUAACUCCCAUUUCAGAGAGGAAUUGAAGGGGCUCCUCUAAUCAACAGACAAUAAUAUGGGCGGCUAUUGGAUUGUGUCGGCAGCCGUGGUGAUAGCGGCGGUGAUGGCGUCGACGGCGACGCAUGCCCAGACAAAUCCUCCGUCGUGUGCCUCGGAUCUGGUCCCCUGCGCCAAUUUCCUGAACUCCACCAAACCGCCGCCGUCCUGCUGCGAUCCGCUGAGAAAAGCGGUGGAGAAUGAGCUCCGGUGCCUCUGCAACUUGUUUAACGACAAAUCGCUGUUCAAAUCCCUCGGAAUCAAUGUCACGCAGGCCGUGAAACUCCCCGGCGCCUGCGGAAUCAAAGGCGACCUCAGCGCCUGCAACGCUUCGUCUCCGGCUCCCAGACCGGCGUCCUUGACACCGGCGGCUCCGGCUGAAACAGCAAAGGGUGGAAAAGACAAAAAUGGUGUGGAGAAGAUUGGGUGGACUGGACUUUCAAGCAUGUGCUUGUUGUUAUUAGGUGCUCUUUUGAUUAUUUGGUAGAUUAUUAAACUAUAUAUAUAUAUAUAUACAUAUUAUAAAUGUCUUUUGUGACAUUUUUAAUUUGGAGCUGUUUGAUUUUCUUACUGAGUGCCAGUGUGCCACCCAAUGAAUGUUAUGUUUUCAUUGUAAUGAAUGGUUCUUCCUCGCUAGACUUCUUUUUUGUUCAAAGAAAGAAGUCUUAUUUGAAUAAAAUGUUUGGCCAGUU